GACCGGCUCAUCCGUCUCAAGUGUUUCCUGUAAUUCAUCACUCCUCUUGAGGACUGUUCUACUGAGACUUUGUUCACUGACCGGCCAAAGAACCAGAUCUGAUCCGACUUACAAUGGCUGCGCCUCACAAGGGAGAACUUACAGCAUCUGAGAGGAAAAUCUUACAAGUUAUUGAAGCUGGUGAUGUGCAGGAGGCGGCCCAACUACUUGCGAGUGAUGAUGUACGAGUCAACUGCUUGGAUGAGUAUGGAAUGACUCCACUGAUGCAUGCAGCCUACAAAGGCAAAGCCGAUAUGUGUCGUCUGCUGCUGCAGCAUGGUGCUGAUGUCAACUGCAAUCAACACGAGUAUGGAUACACCGCUCUCAUGUUUGCUGGAUUGUCAGGCAAGACGGACAUCACUUCCAUGAUGCUGGACGCCGGUGCAGAGGCAGACCUUGUGAACUCAGUGGGUCGCACUGCAGCUCAGAUGGCGGCUUUUGUGGGCCAGCACGACUGCGUGACGGUGAUCAACAACUUCUUUUCACUGGCAAGACUGGAGUACUACACCAGACCUCAGGGGCUGGAGCUAGAGCCAAGGCUGCCUCCGGGGCUAGCAGCACCCCUGCACAAAAUCAUUAUGACGACCAACCUCAACCCAGUCAAGUUGGUCAUGCUGGUGAGGGAGAAUCCCGUUCUGGUGGAUGUUGGGGCGCUGGAGAAGUGUUCCCAAGUGAUGGACCUGCUGUGUGAGCAGUGUGUGAAGCAGCAGAACAUGAACGAAGUCUUGGCCAUGAAGAUGCAUUACAUCAGCUGCGUGCUGCAGAAAUGUGCGACCUUCCUGCAGAAACAAGACGACAAGUUGGACGCGCUGGUAAAAAGCCUGCUGAGGGGGAGAGAUAGCGAUGGCUUCCCACAGUACCAGGAGAAGUUCAUUCGAGACUGCAUCCGCAAGUUCCCGUACUGUGAGACCACACUUCUUCAGCAGCUGGUGAGGAGCAUUGCACCGAUAGAGAUUGGCAACGACCCAACAGCGUUCUCAGUGUUAACUCAAGCUCUGACCGGGCAGAUGGCGUUCAUGGACGCUGACUACUGUGCUACAUGUGGAGAGCGGGCCGCUGACAAGAGGUGCUCUCUCUGUAAAGCUGUGAAGUACUGCAGUUUGACGUGCCAGAAGCUCCACUGGUUCACUCACAAAAAGAUGUGCAGAGCGAUACAGGUGCAGAACGCAGACUUAGAAAGAGACGCACCACGACUGAAAGAGCUCAAAGAUGAUGAGAGCGACCUGGUGAUGGAGACAGCUAACUUCCUGCAGGAGUUGUGUCUGCGGGCAGAGGAGAAUGUGGCUGCCGCGGGAGGAUGCCCUGGAGAGCUGCUGGUCUGCCCAUCUGCACCCUCGGAGGAACCAUCCAGUUCUCAAAAAUAGAGCGAGACAACAAGGCACGGCCACGAUAGUCUUCUUGUGACUUUUUACCCAUGUCAUGGCAGGAGGGUAUAAGCGUGUGCGCACCACAGACCACGACAAGAUAUUGUAUUGUUUGCGCGCUAGCGUACUUACACUUUUGAGUGCUAAGUAGAAGUACACUGCAGUACACUGUCAGUACUUGGACGUUGCCUGCAAAACGCUCAAAAGUGUGCAUCGUCUCAUACGUCAAUAGUCGCUAUCUUGGUUACGUAACCAAAGGGGAGGGAUUAACUAGAGUGGUUGCAAGUCACCUUUCAAAGGGGGAGGAAAAGUAAAUAUUGUGACGUUCACGACAGUAUUUGCUUUAGGAAAUAAAUAUACUGUCAAAACUUGUGCAUUCAACUUUAAAAUAGAAUACUUCAAUAUGUAUACUGUACACUUAGUUGUUAGGUGUGAAUUUUGACAGUAUUGUGUUUUCCCAAAUGAGUUAGUGCCUAAAACAGGGGUGUCAAACUCAUUUUAGCUGAGGGGCCACGUAGAGGAAAAUCAAUUCCCUGCCGGGUUGGUAAAAUCAUGUCAUGAUAACUUAAAAAUAAAGACAACUUCGGAUUGUUUUCUUUGUUUAAAAAUAAUACAAGCACAAUCUGAAAACAUAAUGUUGUUGUUUUUUUACACUUACUAGUUGUUGCCCUUGUUGUUCAUCUUCAUUUGUUGUGAUUUAUAAUUUCUGAAUAAAUGAUGCGAUAAUAUACAUCAGUAAAAUAGGUGUGAAUUUGGCAGUUUUAAAAUGCUCUCAUUGGUGUAAAAUUUUAAUCUAUCAAAAAAUU